GGUACGGGCCAGAAUAAGGUUAGCGUGACCAGCGUAACUGGCUGUACCCACGGACGCCGCGGAUUUUUAAAUACUGUGCUGGAUUCUACGGUUGUUUCGGGAAUACUGUGUUCUUUUAGCCGCUUGGUCGAUUGAUGGACGUGCCCGAUGACCAUCAAUCACUUGCCAUUCCGCCGUCCUCGUCGACAGAAGGCAAGACGCCACAAAGGCGUUCUGCGGGACAACUGCGACGUAAGAUCAGCAGCGCUACUAAAACCACUUACUCGAGACGAGUUCAUUCCACUAAAGUAGUGCACACCAAACGUCUUUCUCGUGGAAGCGCUCGCGCUCGCGGAGUCACAUCAAAGGUCAAAAGGAACGACCGUCGCACGAACAAGCACCCCCCUCCACGCCGUACUCCGAAAGCACAGCGUCAGUCAAUACGGACUCGCCCUUUUCCGAUUUCCGAAGCUCGUUCCAUUCGUCGAGUGCGUUCCGAAUACAAACGCAACGCUUCUCCCUGUAGUGGACCGGAUGCAAAGCGAUUCUGUUCAGCAGAGCGAAUCCGUUGUCACGCGGAUGCUUUGCAAUCGGAUGUCUGUAUCACCGCGGCUGCUGCUUCCGUGACACCGUCCAUUCCCAGCCAACGACUACCCAGUAAUCGUGGUCAUAAACCGAGCUACGCGCGGCGUCCCUACAAACCGCGAUCAGCGGCUAGCCGUCGACAGGCUUCCUCUUUCAGGGCUAGAUAUAAAUCAAAUCGAUCCAAGUUGAAGGCGUACAGGCAUUUGAAACGCUCACCUUCCGUGGAUUUGACGAACAAAGAAAGUCAGGAAGCGUUUAUUAAACAUUUUGCAAUUCCCACGCAUCUAUAUCGAUAUCUGGCCGCUCGUCACCGUCAGCAACCUCUCUAUCUCGAUCGCACCCUGAGUUACCUGCGUGCUCCAUCCACCUUUUCCACUGGCUCUGUCCCCAAUGGAACGACCUACUGCCCCUCCCGCCCAUCAGUAGACGCCAUCGUAAACCGUCUUUGGCAAGAGAAGCGUCUUUCAUCCACAAACCAUAUGUCGGACAAGUGUUGCAAGAUAGUGAAUUGUGUGACGACGGAUGACCGUUUGGAUCCGUCGAAUGAGCUAUGCUCCUUCUCUGCAUUUGUUUGGCCUCAUGAAGUACAGCUUGUUUUUGAAGGCUUUUUUGACAGUGAAAAGGAGCUCGAUUGGGUCACUGUGGAGGCCUCCCUAAUCCCUUCUUUCCGCUUCGCUUGGGCCUGGCGCCACAAGGCAGCCUCCGCUGAUACUUUGGUCAGUCCGUUCGGUGAACCGUUUCCACUUGCGUGCCAUAAUCCCACAACUGGGUUGAACCAUUUGCCUCUGCCUGCGUCUGUGGACUCGUGUCGCUUUCAACCAAGUGAAGUGAUCAAGCAAGCCAAAUGGGCCACUUCUGGUGGCCGCUUGAGUGCGGGCCAGCUGGAAUUGCGCAUCCAUGCCAUUGAACGUCGUUGGCUCAAGCGGCCGGAUCUGAACCGCACCAACUCAACCGCCUCUCUUGGUUCGGGCUGCUACGGAUGCAACGGUCUACAGACCAACACCGUUUCCAAUCACCGACUCAGCGGUAACCCGCAGUGCAAUCGAAAGGGCGGUCUCGGUUCCUCUGCUUAUCCUGUACACUACACGACCGCUCCGUUGCCACUUUUCUAUUCUGCCGUCGCUUCAGGCUCGCAGGAUGACCAUCGUCCGUUCCUACUCACCCCCGGUAUGUACGAACUCCGGCUUGGAGUUGAUCACAAUGCGGGCAACCAUCUCCCCGUCAAGCCCACACCAACACCGGAGACCCCGACCGUAUGCAAACAGAACGGCAUGUUAGAGAACGGCUAUUACGACCAUCAGCAUAACCACCACCACCACCAUCCUAGCGAAACCGGGAGCACAGCGGACAGUGUGGCCACCAGCUCUUCCGAUUGUCCUACCGGCACCGUGAGCUCCGCCGGUGAAGUAACCAGCAUGUCCGAGGCCGGAUCGGUCUGCGGACGUGUGGAAUGGCGCCGAAUGCGAUUGCCCAAAGAGUCCGAGACCUCGGACGAAUACACCCGGUGGCCAAAACUGCGAUUUCGUAUCCUUUGGCGCGGUAAGACCGCAUGCGAUUCGCCCACCUCGCAUCGGGACCAGGUGAACGGAGCACUCGCGGCGGACGCACGUAGUCCGCCAUAUAAAGCACUACCCCAUACUCCUAACAACAUCUCUCCGCGCAAGCUUCCUAGGAACACCAGUUUGACCAGGACGUCGACGACACCAAGCGAGAAUGGUACACCACGACGUUCCGCAGUUAAAUCCCCCUGCAAGCCGGACCCAUUCAGUCAGAUCGUCCCGAACACUCCGGACACUCCGCAAUCUAAAGCAACUACUCGGCCUCGCAAGCCAUCCACGCGGCCCUAUCUUCUCGACCGUGCUGUGCUUCCCGACCGCCCUGUCACCUAUGGAUUUUUCUAUUUGGGGCGACUUCAACAGUGGUCCGAAUCCAACGACUUUCGCUGUCCAUGGUGUCGUCUGGACUGCUGGCGCGCACGCGAAAGAGCUCCGGAGGCGUUGUUAAUUCAUCUUCGAACGUGUCAUCCACGGUUUCGUUUCAAGGCAUCUUGGAGUUCGUCUCGAUCACACCUGACUCUUGAGGUCUCUCUGAAUGAAGCGUACGAUGGGUCGAAUGAUUGCGGUCUGCGACGUUGGAGCUACGAGCUAACAAACAAUCUGAACGGUCGAUGGAGCGUCCCCCGUGGCCAGCUCAUUGGUGGGUGGACGGGGCUGGGCCUGUUCGGAGGCGGCGAACAAUCAAACAAGUCACUCAGUCUCGCCGGUUCUUCGGCUCGUGUCCCUUGCCCCGUUCGGAGGCUUCCCUACACGCACCUCAUCUUUUGGCGAGGCGCCGAACGAGUAAACGACCAGCCUUUUGAUCCGACUUUAUCAGUCCGGCCGAUCGCAACGGGCCACAAUCGUGUCUACUAUCACACACGUACAAUGCAGCCCAUUCGUGCUUGUGAAUUUGACGUGGACUCCGAAGCAGAAGACUCGCCUGUCUGGUUGUGGCAGCAUUACCAGCGCAAGUUGGAAGAAUUCACUGAUGUAAACCAGGGUGAAAAGCAAAUUAUGCAAUUGUGGAACUCGUUGCUCCUCUCACUAGGACCCUCGGAGCUGAUCACUUGUGAUUCACAGUUAGCCAACGUGGCCUCAUGUUUUGUGCAUCGUUUCGCGUCGCAGAUCUACCGCCGGCACUUGCGGACCAACAUGAUACUUCAUUUCACCAAUCUGGUAGACUACGGUCUCUUAUCAACCGGACAGAUGCGGCAGCUGGUGAUAACCUACGACAAUUUGGUCUCAUCAUCUCAGCAGCCAGAGAUCACAACCUGACGCGGUCGUACUCCAAGCUGAUCCAACUACGUUCUCUCGUUCGUUGUUCUCAAUAGGGUUUUUCUCCUUACAUCUUUACUGAAUUUCACACUAGAAUUAUUUACCAGUUUCCAGUUUGCCAAACACACAUGCUCGUCGUGGGCAAUCGUCUCCGCACGUCGGACCAUUCCGUCAGUCAUCUCAGGAUGCCUUGUAUCUGUACUUCUUACCUGUCACCGUCUAUCCCAUUCGUUAUACACAUUCUGUGAGUGUGUGUAUAUGCUUGUCACUUGCCGUAUGUGUCCGGCGCCAAUCAGCUGGCACCCAACCCAAUUAACUGGGCGGAUGCGGAAUUUUCUCCCUCCACUUGCUUGCUCAGUUUCUAGUGUACUGGUUACUUCACUAUUGCUUACGAUGAUGGUGCCGGUGUCCGUGUCGAAUCCGGUUUGCUCUUUUCGAGUGCGAUCCAUUUUCUGUCACUGUUCCUCUUUUUGGCUAUUUUGCCCUACCUUAUUCGUGUCGUCCCACGCCCGGAAUCUUUCAAUGCAUAUCCUCCUCCAUUUUGCAUACUCACAAUUCCACUCCCAUUGUACAUGUGUCCUUCCUAGCGUGCGGACUAUCUCUCGUCCCCACGCACAUUUCUGUCACUGCGACCAGAAGUGUCUUCGCUCUUUCCCUCUUUGUCCCUCAGUCCUCGUGGCUCUCUUUAGGGUUGGGGAUUCCCAUAUUGUGUGUACCUUUUUUGAGAUUUUGUACGGUAACUUAUCUAUCCGAAAAUCGAUCAAAUUUAUUUACCCUAUCGCUCCAAUAGGCCGUGUUCGUUUAUUAGGCAUAUUUCUAUGCAUUUAUUUUGUACUUACUCUAUUGUUCACAGUCCUAGUCUGUAUAGGAUUUUCCCGCUCGCGUACGCAACUCGAUCAUGUGCACACACACACACACUUUUGGCCUUCUUCUUCUUUUCUCUUCGUACUUGUUGCACUCCAAUUAUGUCCGUCUCCCAUUUUCCGCUUUCAACCUUUUGUCUCUUUGCUUUUGAUCUUUUUCAUUUCUUUCUGUUUAACUCCAAUUCUAUGCGCUCCCGAGUUCUACAAAUUUCCCCGUCUGGAAAUUAAAUUCCUUUUUGCUACGCGGUCAUCCUCUCUUUUGCAAUGCUAUUUCCGCGGUAGAUUUGCAGUAUCGGCUACUAGCUUCGGG